CUGUGCUGCACCCUGCGGGAGGCGGACGCCAUCCGGGAAGCGUUCGAGCGCGCCGGGGUGAUGCUGGAGUUCGGUCCGCCGCGGCGCAACUGGACGGUCUACCAGCAGGCGCGGGCCAUCGCGGCGAGCGGCGAGCUGGGGCGCGUGCAGCGUGUGGUCGGCUUCUGGGGCAACAGCGUCGGCGGCCACGGGCUGGACACGGUGCUGUACCUGGCCGGCGACCCGGAGGAGGUCACCUCGAUCCGCGGCACGCUGGACACGCUCAGCCCGGCGCCGGGAGACACCUCGCACAUGAACUUCGUCAAGGACCCGUCGAUCCGCAGCGCGCUGAUCGAGUUCGCCGACGGCCCGGACAUCGCCGUGGUCGGCACCGGCAACCUGGAGUUCGAGCUGGUCUGCGAAGGAGGACUCAUCCGCGUCCACAACGACGGCGAGGAACUGGCGGUGCGCAGGAAGGAGACGCGGGCCGGCUUCGACCCGGUCCCGGUAGAGCCGGUCGAGCACUGGAGCGGCACGGUGCGCAAGAUCCGCGACCUGGUGCAGGCGAUCCGCACCGGCCAGCCGGCCGUGAGCAACCUGCGGAUCGCCAUGCUCUCCACCGAGAUCGGCUUCGGCCUCUACGAGUCGCACCUGCGCGGCGGCACGGCCGUGCGCCCCCCGAUCCCCAACCGCGACCGCAUCGUGUCGAGCUGGUGA